AUGGAACCCACCGCGCCAACGGGGCAGGCCCGGGCGGCGGCCACCAAGCUGUCAGAAGCGGUGGGAGCCGCGCUACAAGAGCCCCAGAGGCAGCGACGCCUGGUGCUGGUCAUCGUGUGCGUUGCACUGUUACUGGACAACAUGUUGUACAUGGUCAUCGUGCCCAUUGUUCCCGACUAUAUCGCCCACAUGCGAGGGGGCAGCGAGAGCCCUACCCUGGUCUCUGAGGUGUGGGAACCCACCCUGCCGCCGCCCACUCUGGCUAAUGCCAGUGCCUAUUGGGGCAACACCUCGGCGUCCCCGACGGCUGCUGGGUCUACCCGAUCAAUUCUGCGGCCUCGCUACCCUACAGAAAGUGAAGAUGUGAAGAUAGGGGUGUUGUUUGCCUCCAAGGCCAUCCUGCAGCUUCUGGUGAACCCCUUGAGCGGGCCUUUCAUUGAUCGCAUGAGCUACGACGUGCCACUGCUUAUUGGCCUGGGCGUCAUGUUCGCCUCUACAGUCAUGUUUGCCUUUGCAGAGGACUAUGCCACGCUCUUCGCUGCGCGCAGUCUACAAGGCCUGGGCUCAGCCUUCGCGGACACGUCUGGCAUUGCCAUGAUCGCCGACAAGUAUCCGGAGGAGCCUGAGCGCAGUCGUGCCCUGGGCGUGGCGCUGGCCUUCAUCAGCUUUGGAAGUCUGGUGGCGCCACCCUUUGGGGGUAUCCUCUACGAGUUCGCCGGCAAACGCGUGCCCUUUCUAGUGCUCGCUGCCGUGUCGCUCUUCGACGCGCUGCUGCUGCUGGCGGUGGCUAAGCCCUUCUCGGCUGCGGCUCGGGCGCGGGCCAACCUGCCUGUGGGCACCCCUAUCCAUCGCCUCAUGCUGGACCCUUACAUCGCUGUGGUAGCCGGCGCGCUCACGACCUGUAACAUUCCCCUUGCGUUCCUCGAGCCCACCAUCGCCACAUGGAUGAAGCACACAAUGGCGGCAUCCGAGUGGGAGAUGGGCAUGGCUUGGCUGCCGGCUUUUGUGCCGCACGUGUUAGGCGUCUAUCUCACCGUGCGCCUAGCGGCGCGCUAUCCACACCUGCAGUGGCUGUAUGGCGCUCUCGGGCUGGCGGUGAUUGGCGUGAGCUCGUGCAUCGUGCCGGCCUGCCGCUCCUUCGCGCCGCUAGUCGUCUCGCUCUGCGGCCUCUGCUUCGGCAUUGCGUUAGUGGACACGGCGCUGCUCCCCACGCUCGCCUUCCUGGUGGACGUGCGCCACGUAUCAGUCUAUGGCAGCGUCUAUGCCAUAGCUGACAUCUCCUAUUCUGUGGCCUAUGCUCUUGGGCCCAUCGUGGCAGGCCAUAUCGUUCACUCGCUUGGCUUUGAGCAGCUCAGCCUUGGCAUGGGCCUGGCCAACCUGCUCUAUGCACCGGUCCUGUUGCUCUUGCGUAACGUGGGCCUCCUUACACGCUCGCGUUCUGAGCGCGAUGUGCUGCUUGACGAACCACCGCAGGGUCUGUACGACGCGGUGCGCCUGCGUGAGCGUUCGGUGCAGGGCACGGACGGCGGCGAAGCUUGCAGCCCGCCUGGCCCUUUUGAUGGGUGCGAGGACGACUUCAGCUACUACACUCGCAGCUAG